UUUAUUUUCUUUGUCUCUUUGAACAACAAAAGAAGAGAAAAAGAAAGAGAACUCUUAUUUAGUCUUAAAUACCACCAACUUGUGUUACAAAAAUAAUAGCCUCUCAAACCCUCUCUCACCCUCCACAUAUAUAUCUAAUCUAACAUUUUAACUUCACAUAACUAAUCUUCUUCUUCUUUAUUUUCAUUACUAAUAAAAUACUCGUGCAUUCGCAAAAUAGAAAUGCCUUCACCAGUUCAAUUCCAACGGUUCGACUCUAACACUGCUAUUACUAACGGUGUUAACUGUCCGAAACAAAUUCAAGCGUGUCGUUACGCGCUUUCUUCUUUAAAACCAACCGUUUCUGUUCCAGAAACGGUUGUAGACCACCACAUGCACGUGGUGGGACAAAACCAAUGCUACUCCGUCGUGAUCCAAACAAUCAACGCCUCCGUUUCAACCGUCUGGUCAGUCGUCCGCCGCUUUGAUUAUCCUCAAGGCUACAAACACUUUGUUAAAAGCUGCAACGUAGUUGCCUCCGGUGACGGCAUUCGUGUUGGUGCUCUUCGUGAAGUUCGACUUGUUUCCGGUCUACCUGCUGUUUCAAGCACCGAGAGGUUGGAUAUUCUUGAUGAAGAACGCCAUGUUAUUAGUUUCAGUGUUGUUGGUGGUGUUCAUAGGUGUAGGAAUUACCGGUCAGUGACAACGUUGCACGGUGAUGGUAACGGAGGAACAGUUGUCAUUGAAUCAUAUGUUGUUGAUGUACCACAGGGUAACACUAAGGAAGAAACAUGUAGUUUUGCUGAUACCAUUGUUCGGUGUAAUUUGCAGUCAUUGGCUCAGAUCGCAGAGAAACUGUGAAGAAAUGAAAGAAGCUCUCUUCUAUGUUUUCGUUUUCCAUCUUACUGAUUUUUCGCGCAUCCUUCAAAUUUCGGAUAAUAUAAUUCGAAAAGUGUAAAACACCCUUUAAAACUCUCCAUUUUUUCCGGAUUUUAUAAUCCGUAUAGGGUGCGCGAGAAUAUCAGAGAUGGGAAAAGAUAGUUUUUUUAUUUUUUAUUUUGAGUUUUUUUGUUUCAAAUACAGGUUUCAGAUCAGGAUCCAUAUGUAAUUAUGUUGAUACUGUAAGCCUGUAUUGGAAAUUGGGGGUGGGUUGGGUAGAUAAAUCAAUAGGUUAUUUUGGGGAAGAUUAGAGAAAACUGCAAUGGUGGAAUUAAUGUACUAUAUAUGAUGUUAUAUCAUGUGUUGAUACUUGAUAUAAUGUUGGUAUAUAUGGAGUUCUAUUAUGUAGUUUUUUUUCCCUUCUUUCUAUCUUCUUUUAUAUUUAUAUUUUACCAUUCAUUAGGAAUGAUGAAAGCUGGUGUUUUCAUUUGCACUAGAUGAAUGGUCAUUAGUGUUCUUUUAUUUUUUGAUUUGUAGAAAAUAGGUUGAUUAAUAUUUUAAUUAACAGAUCACUUCUUGACUCCCUUGACAGUCAUAUGUAUUCAUGUUAUUCCUCCUUUUCUUGUAACUUUGGUUAGUUUUGAAAUGAAGUGAGAGCUUAUUCGCAUA